AGAGAAGUGUUCACAGAAAUGAUGUGUGGUUGGACAUGACAGCCAGGCUCAAUGGCUCUUACUUUUUUCUCACCAGUCACCACAAACCAACUUUGUGCUUGUGUGUUUGCUGGUGUUAAUACAGCUUCACACUACGCGUCUUCCUCAUUUAAACGCCGGACAUAUGAGCAUCACGAACUAAACAGAUGCGAGCUCCGUCAGACAGUCACCAACUUCCUUUAAAAGACUUCACUUACUAAAAAGGACACGUAAUGGUCUGAAUGUUGUUGUGAAGAAUUCGUAAUCAUAUCAAACUUCGAAGGAGCUUCAUAGAUCUGUCAACACUUCAUAAUUUUUCAUUUAAUCAGCUAUGGAUGCGCCUGAAUCCCCGGUGAACCGCAUUGGUCGCACUAUUUGGACUGUUUGGGGUUAUCUGUCAGGGGCUGUUGCAAGAUAUCUAAGACCGGAAGUCACAGAUGAAGGAAACCAAAGAGUAUGUUCCAGAUCAGAUCAGAUUGACUUGAGUGCAGCAAACAAGAUUAACAGAGAAGAAAAGGCAAACAGUAGCGAGAAGGAAGAGAAUAUAUCUAGUCAUAAUGACAAAAGCACAGGGGAGGUCAAGUGUUCCCUUGCAAAAGUCAAAGUGCAAGUGGCCUCGGUACAGUGGGAAAAAACUGAUGUGGUCAAAGACGACAAGAAUGUUGACACCGCAAGAAAACAAACUUACAGUUGUGCAAUGUGGUCAGCUGGGACCGAUCAUGAAGGGAGCAUUUCAGGUGAUUCAGAAAGCCGAGAAUGCAAGAGUGGCACGCAUGUUGAGAAAGAAGUGGUUUCAUCCGAUGAGGGUCAAGCUGAAAGUGUGCAUGCAAACAGUAAGGCAAGUGAAAUUAUUCAGGAGUUGGAUGAAACUGGGCGGAUUGAACAAAAUGAUGGUAACAAUGAAGAAUAUGACCAGAAAUAUGAGGACGAAAACUGUUCAAAGAAGAGAGAAGAUCCGGAUAACGCAGAUGUAACUGUCCAAUCUGAGCUUUAUGGACAAGAUGUAGAACAGGAAAAGGAGAUCAUGAUGGACCAUGGAGAGACAGAAAGCAUUGGAGGUUUUGAACAGGCAGGUUUUAUUGAUGAAAUGGAGAAAGAAACUGUUGGCCCGAAGGAACGGUUGGAAAUUGAGAUUGAUGAAGACCAAGGACCUGAAUUACAAGUGCCAGGUGAUGCAUUUGAAGAGGAAGCUGAUGGCCUUUCAAAUACUGAAAGGCUAAAAGUAAUAGAAAAAUAUUGUGAUGAAAUUGCCGAAUUCUGUAAAAAUGAGGUUGAAGAGAUGAUUCCAGAAAAUAAGGGUGCAACCGAGAGUGAACAAGAUACGAUUAAAUUACAGGAGUCAUGGGACACAGAAAGCGACACACAUGUUGAGAAUGAAGAAGUUUCAUCCAAUGAGGUUCAGGCUGAAAGAGGACAUGCAGACAUUGAAUGUAAGGAGAGUGAAACGGCACUAGAGUUGGAUCAAACUGGGCAGAUUGAACAAAAAGAUGAUAACGAUGAAGAAUGUGAUCAGAAUCAUGAGGAUGAAAAGUGUGAAAUGACGAGAGAAGAUCCAGAUAACGCAGAUGUAACUGUCCAAUCUGAGCUUUAUGGACAAGAUGUAGAACAGGAAAAGGAGAUCAUGAUGGACCAUGGAGAGACAGAAAGCAGUGGAGGUUUUGAACAUGCAGGUUUUAUUGAUGAAAUGGAGAAAGAAACUGUUGGCCCGAAGGAACGGGUGGAAAUUGAGAUUGAUGAAGACCAAGGACCUGAAUUACAAGUGCCAGCUGAUGCAUUUGAAGAGGAAGCUGAUGGCCUUUCAAAUACUGAAAGGCUAAAAGUAAUUGAAAAAUGUGAUGAUGAAAUUGCUGAAUUUUGUAAAAAUGAGGUUGAAGAGAUGAUUCCAGAAAAUAGGGGUGCAACCGAGAGUGAACAAGACACGAUUAAAUCUGAGUUGCAGGAGUCAGCAGAAACACUGCAAACAGUUCCCAAGGAAAUAAAUAUAUUGAACAUUGAAACAGAACUGAAAAUGACCGUUAACACAUCAGAAGACUCCCUGCAGUUCGAUUCAAAACAGGAUACUCCAGAAAAUACUUCAGAAACAGGAACUGGAUUGCCUGUGGUGAUGGCCAUAAAAACUGAAGGUAUGUUUUCAUAUCCGAUUGUUUGUGAGUUCCCUGGAGAAUCGAGGAAAAGGCCAGAGACUGCGUUGGGAUGUUUUGAAGAGAUCAAAUCUGAGCCCCAAAGUCUUGCAGAAGAGCAGUCGGAAAAUGAAACUUUUGUCGCACGCUCUGUUGAGCAUCCCGAGACACCGAAAGCAGUUGAGGAAGCUGUGGAGAUUGAACAAGACAUUGAAACUCCAAUCGAAUCUGUAAGUACAAUAGAAAGUCAGACACAUCAGGAAAUAGACAACACCAAGUUCUCUCUUAAAAAACGUGUUGAAUUCAAAACUGAGCUGAUUGUUGAAACAACAGAAACAAAGAUCUGUUUCGAAGACGAGGAAGCAGAACCAUAUGAGACACAAAGUCAAUCAUCAAACAUCAGAAAUGUCACUUUACAGACACGGGAGCUUCUUGAGUUCACAGAAAGAGAACGCAAAUCAUCUCAAGAAGCAAUGGACACUUUCAGUGAGUCACUGGGAAAUUCGGGUGUUUCUGUAAUCACUGGAACCGCAGAGAUACAACAUGUUGUAGACGACCAAACAGAUGCCAAACCUGUAUUAAUACAGACUUUGAGCCCAGCCGAGUUCCUGGAGGAAACUCUAGAUCUUCAAGGCGAAUCAGAGCAGGAGCAGGAGACUCGGGACACAGAUGUGGCGAAGAUCGCUUUAGAGUAUGUAGAAGAAAUAACGAAUCAAGUCUUGAAGGACAUGAUAGAAAUGGAAAACAACUUGGUAAAAGAAACAGAAACUUUGGAAGGAGUUUCAACAGAAGAACUUGGUGAUGCAGAAUAUCAAGCACCUGAAGAAUGCGUGUCAGUCGGUGCAUUUGUUUUGGAAGAAGAAAGGAAGUUAUUGGGUGAAACAAUGGGAAGUAUAAUGGCGGUGGAAACCACAAGUAGGGAAGUUGCUGUACAAAAUGAGCAAGAUGUUAUUUCACAAGAGUGCAAAACAACUGAAGCUGAUCAACAAAGUUAUCUUUGUGCUGGGACGGAUCAUGGAGGGAGCAGUUCUGAAGACGUUUCAUCCGAUGAGGUUCAGGAUGAAAGAGUGUAUGCAAACAGUAAGGACAGUGAAAUUGUUCAGGAGUUGGAUGAAACUGGACGGAUUGAACAAAAGGAUGGUAACAAUGAAGAAUAUGACCAGAAAUAUGAGGAUGAAAACUGUUCAAAGAAGAGAGAAGGUCCGGAUAACGCAGAUGUAACUGUCCAAUCUGAGCUUUAUGGACAAGAUGUAGAACAGGAAAAGGAGAUCAUGAUGGACCAUGGAGAGACAGAAAGCAGUGGAGGUUUUGAACAGGCAGGUUUUAUUGAUGAAAUGGAGAAAGAAACUGUUGGCCUGAAGGAACGGGUGGAAACUGAGAUUGAUGAAGGCCAAGGACCUGAAUUACAAGUGCCAGGUGAUGCAUUUGAAGAGGAAGCUGAUGGCCUUUCAAAUACUGAAAGGCUAAAAGUAAUAGAAAAAUAUUGUGAUGAAAUUGCCGAAUUCUGUAAAAAUGAGGUUGAAGAGAUGAUUCCAGAAAAUAGGGGUGCAACCGAGAGUGAACAAGAUACGAUUAAAUUACAGGAGUCAUGGGACACAGAAAGCGACACACAUGUUGAGAAUGAAGAAGUUUCAUCCAAUGAGGUUCAGGCUGAAAGAGGACAUGCAGACAUUGAAUGUAAGGACAGUGAAACGGCACUAGAGUUGGAUCAAACUGGGCAGAUUGAACAAAAAGAUGAUAUCGAUGAAGAAUGUGAUCAGAAUCAUGAGGAUAAAAAGUGUCAAAUGAAGAGCGAAGAUCCAGAUGAUGCAGAUGUAACUGUCCAAUCUGAGCUUUAUAGACAAGAUGUAGAACAGGAAAAGGAGAUCAUGAUGGACCAUGGAGAGACAGAAAGCAGUGGAGGUUUAAGACAUGCAGGGGAAAAUCUUAUUGAUGAAAAUGAGAAAAAUAUUGUUGACCAGAAUGAUCACGAGAAAGCUGAGAUUGAUGAAGACCAAGGACCUGAAUUACAAGUGCCAGCUGAUGCAUUUGUCCUUGAAGAAGGAAGGAAGUUAUUAGGGGAGACAAUGGAGGUGGAAAAGGCAAGUCGUGAAGCUGUUAAACAUAUUGAGCCACAAAGUUCACCAGAGUGUGAAACAAAUGAAGCUGAUGGACGUCACGAUCAGAUGCACGAGUCGAGCGGUCAUGAAGACUUCAUGGAAGUCAGCAGACCUGGGAUGAAAAGAAGAUUUGAUAGAGUGAACCCUCCAGUGGUGAAGAUAGAAGGAACAUUUGAUUUGAAUCUACAGGCAUUUGAGGACUCAUCUUUGGACUUUAGCGUUCAGAAGUCUCGAAUUGCUGUGAAGAAUCCCCUAGUUCGGCCACCCAAAGACCCCAGAAAGCUCCUGUUCAAGAUCUCAGUCGAGCCGCGUCUCCCACAGCCUCCAGCAUGUGAAGUCUCCGCCCCGAGUAAAGGGGUGAUCGGAUUCAAACUCCCAGGGUUGGGCGCAGGGCUCCCGGCUCUGAGAAAAACUGAAUUUGGGAAGAAAGCGAGAGAAGAAGGAGAAGCCGAGCGCACACUACAUCCACAGCUAAAGUCAGUUGCAGUAACAGAGGAUUCUGUCAAACGAGAGCCGGCGUCAGCUAAACCCAAAUGGACACCCCCGAAGCAUCCUGGCAUGGGGAGUCCCUUGAUGAUGGCGGAACUCAAAAACAAACUCAAAAAGCCUGUUAAGGAGUGAUACAUUUCAUUACAUCAUGAUUUUCAAAGGCAUUCUUCAUCUAUUCUUUAUUUGUCAGCUGUUGUCAUAUUCAAGCACUAUGCAGCCUGGUAAAUGCUACAUGAAAUUUGCACGAGUACGCAGCUGUAGCACGUUUCAUUUUACUUCAGUUAUGUUGUUAAAAGGUUGUUUUUUUUGUUUGUUUUUUGGGGGGGGGGGGGUUCUCAAUCAUUUAACUGAGCUUGUAAGUCUUUAUUGUUUGUAUUUAUUUAUAUUUGAAGAAAAACAAGUAUGAGGAAAAAAUGUUGUAGGCAUACAAAAUUUAAAAAAAAAAAGAAUAAAUAAUAAUAUGAAGAAAAAAUGCUUUAAUAUUUGUACAGUUCUUAUAUUGAUCAAGUUAUUUUUGAUAACUCCGCCACUAGAGGGCAUCGUUGGAUUCAAUUGUGAUAUUGACAUACUUUUUGUACAUUUUGUGAUCUACAUGCAUAAACAUUUUUCAUUUAUUUUGCAGUUUUUCAAACAGAUUUCUGCUUAUUUGUUAGAGAUCAUGUCAUGCCCACCUUUACAACUUUGUUUUGAAAAUGUAUUAUCUGGCUUUUUAUCUUUUUUCAUAACAUGUCUCUCCGUAAGAAAAAAUAUUUGAUUUGUUACUUCGGAUGGCAAAAUGUCGUUGACAUAAAUGUAAGUAUGGUGGUCAUAAACCACUAUUUUUAAUUUUGGAAUCAGAAGUUUAGCAAUACCUAAAAGACUAUUUAUUAUCUGAAAAAUAAAAAAGCUCAAUAUUUUCAUCUAA